GCUCCCCGGGUACAAAUAGCCCUGGGCUCCCAGGCUGCUCAGUCCAGCUCCUCAGCGCUCACGGUUUGCUCAGCUGAACGCUCAGCCAGGAACCAUGAAGCUGGCGCUGUCUCUGCUGCUGGUCACUCUGGCCCUUUGCUGCUCUGACGCAAAUGCCAAAACCUGUCCAGCCCUUCACAACGAAGCGAGAUCCUUCCUGUUGGACAUUAAACCGCUCUUUUAUUCCGUCCUCAAGACGUUUCCGGCACCUGAACCCGCCUACCAUUCCACGAUGGCUGUGAAGUAUUGCGUAGACCGGAUGUCCUUUAGCGACAGACACAAAAUUUACGACGUUGUGGAGGCUAUCGUGAAAAAGUGCAACCAAUAGAUUCAACAUACCCCACCUACGAGGGCCCCUGCUUUCACUGAUGCCCUGACCUUCCCUGGAAAAUGUAGAGGUUUCAACGUCUUGCUUCAAUAAAUCACUUGCCCUGCA